GCUUUCAAUCACAUUGUUGAUUGUCUUGUUACUUCUUCUAUCUUACAUUCCCUCCAAAUUUCUCCACUAAAAUUGCAGCAAACUUUCUGCGAAAAUGGAAACCUUGAUCACAUCCCACUCCAUUUCAUGUCUCAAUUUGAAAAAGCCUUCAUUAAAAUCCCAAUAUCCUCAAUCGUUCUUCCAUCUUAGACCUAAUUUCUCCUCUUCUCGAUCCUCUCUGAAAUUGCAAUAUAACUUUAACGAUAAAUUGUUUUCACAGAAGAGGUUCGGAGCUACCAUAAACGCUUCCAUAGCUGGUCAAACCAAUCCAAUCGAUGAUGAAUAUACAUGGCUUCUUGAACCCGUGGGUGAUGGAGAUUCGAGACACAUCGGUUUUAAGGUUGCUAUGCCAUCUUCAUUCGAGAUUUCAUCCAAGGAGGCGACUGUUGGGCGUGUUCCUGAGAAAGCCGAUAUAGUAAUCCCGGUUGCUACAGUAUCCGGUACGCAUGCCCGAUUUCAGAAGAAGGGUGGUGCUCUAUUGUUGACCGAUUUGGGCAGCACGAAUGGGACAUUCAUUGAUGAAAAAAGGCUUACGCCUGGCGUGCAAUCAGUUGUCACCCCUGGGAGAUACGUUACAUUCGGGGACACCAAUCUAGCAAUCUUCCGUGUUUCAAAGAUUAAAAACGUGAAGCCUAUCACACAAUCAAGUGAGUCCGAGCCCCAAGUUGAAUUAGAGACGGAAGGUGUGAGCAAUGUUCAAAAUAUUUAAGUUGAUACAUACGUUUUUGCCUUAAUGUCAAUGUAAAAAAGGUGCAUAAGGUGAUGCUUUAUAGCCAAGAAUCUAGCAUUUGUAUUGGUUUGUAGAAGGUUUACAAAAAAAGUAUAUCCACUCAUUCUCACAA